AUGCUCGAACCCCGAGAACUCGCGCAUACUGCGUUACAAGAUCUGGCCAGGAUGGCAGCUUGCCCUGACGAUGACCCCAUAGCUCCUCCAAUAGUGCUGAGUGAUAUGAUCCAACGCCGAGAGAUCCGGACAGUCGCCGAAGAUUGGACCGGGACAACCGACAGCGCUAGGAGGCGCAAGCUUCAAAAUCGCCUCAACCAAAGAGCCUAUGAAAGGAGGAAAACCGGUCGAAGACAGUCGACAGUCUCAAACCUACAACCCAGAAACCAACCCAAGCCUAAAUGGUGUCGAGUUACAGACGGCACAGUGACACUGGAAAUCCUCUCCAGCUCUCCCAUACUGCAGAAGCUUGAGGCUUCCAAUCGCCGAAAACCUGCAGCUCGCUGCGCGUUGCUCCAGCCCGGUGUUCUCGGCGCACUCGUUCAGUUUGUUCAAAAAGCGUACGAGGAUUACAUCUUGGGCCACCCACAGCCCUGGCAGUUGUCUACUAUCAUACAGGUCAACAUACUCAACGCCCUUAUUCGAAAUGGGUUGACUCUAGGUGUCUCAGGCCAUUGGCAGCGAGACAGGGCCAUGUCUCCAUUUUCGAGGGAGAAUUCGAGCCGGCUGAUCCUUGACUCCUGUCCACCGAGCCUACAGCCCACAAGUCUGCAGUUGACAGUGCCCCAUUGCGCGUGGAUCGACCUCUUCCCAAUCCCCCAAAUGAGGGACAACAUCUUACGCGAGUAUAGUCGGGUAGAUACGGAUGAGCUCUGCGCUGAUCUGCUCGAUAUCAGACCAGGUCUAGAGGGCAAAGCCAACUUGAUCGUGUGGGGGGAUGCUUCAGACCCCAGGAGCUGGGAGGCGAGUAGCUACUUUUUACGAAAAUGGGGUUGGAUGCUUUGGGGAUGCGGUGAGGUUUUAGAUGCGACGAACUACUGGCGACAGAGGCGAGGUGAGGAUCAGUUGGUCUUUUGA